AUGACGGAACUGAAGGUCUUAACAGAUCGUCUACGGGACUUGCUCCCUAACGCCUAUACAGACAGUGCAGAUCCAUCGCUAUGUUUCCGCGCCUGCGUUGGUCGCUACCUUAAAGACCUCGAAGAUAACGCUGAACUAGUUCCGACUCUUCAAAAUAUGGAAGUCUCUCAGGCCUAUGUCCAAUGUUGCUUACAUCUCCUUGAGUCCCUUGCACAAAUCGACGUUAGAGUCGGAAAUGGGAAGCCGCUGUUUAGUGUCUUUCAAAAUCAGCAGCUGUCUAAGUGUCUCGAAUUCGUUGUUUGUCUUGGAAUUUACCCUCUUCUCUCUCCUGGUGUCUCAAUGCCCCUACAUCUAAGGUUGGAAAACUUUGACAAAUUCAACUGUCCCAAACUUCAGUCUACUCCCGAUAGGCACCAAAGAUUGUUCGAGAUUGCGAAGUGCUUUGAUGCCCUCACUUAUUCAUCCGUUGACUCACUUCGCGACCUCGUCUCGCCCAAUGGCUACCUCAGUGACUACCUUGCUCUCCUGCUACAACUCAGUUACGGACCCGUUUCAGGGGAUUCCUCCACCACCACCACCACAGUAGACAUCAUUCGCUUCUCUCGCACCCGCCUUCGCUCUCUCCUUGCUCGUCUACCCCGACCUCUGGCCUUCAAAGAACUCUUCCUCUUCCAGUGUGGCUUUUGCAAACAACAGUCGUCAGCGAAGACUCUAGUGCCAAAGUGGUUACGCGAUGCAUGUGGUCGUCUAAUCACCCAACUUUUUAUCGCUCGGCCCCGUGAAUGUGAGGCGGGGCGAUCGCCUCUGAAGGACCUCAUCAUUGGUGUUUUGGACGUCCACUCCACCGAUCCACGACACGUCUCUGCUUUAGCCCCCGCUCUGGCUCAUAUUCUAGCCACUCCACCUCGAAUGACUGGGCGGAAUAACACUACUGAGCAGUACUAUAGCAGUCUAGCACUGCAGAUCUCCGACGCCCUUCAGACCAGCAAGGGCCGUGAAGACUUGCUUUCUCGUGUUAUCCGGCUCGUUGCUAUUGAUACCACCCACCAGAUAUUUGAAAAAGAUAUGAAAUUAGGAAAGCGCCUCUUUCUAGAGAAGCCAUUACUGUCUAAGCUGAAGAAAAUUGUCCAAGUUAAUCAGCCAGAAGUGGACGAUUGUGCAUCAGACGCGCGGACAUCUACGACAAUUGAUAUGUCGGAUUCGUUGGAGUUGCUCUCCGCGGUGGAUCUACGGAGUGUCGUCGAGUUUGUUGCUGAGCUUCUGGAUACACGACACCCCUCAAAAGCGCUGUGCUUACUUCUUGCACGCUACUCUCGGCCUUGGUUCUACUUCUGCUCACUCCUUAAUCUGGUAUGCCCUGUAGAGGAAACAGAUGGUGAUUGCCAGAUUACUGAAGCCCAUGAAACAUCACCAGUCGCCGAGUUCAAGUCUCAGCUUUAUUCAAUCCUUACGAGCCUUCUCAACACCGACAACGUCUCCUCGUUUUCCCUCCUUCGCUCCUGGCUACACCUUCCUCCACUUGACUCGACCACGCUGGAACCAUUAGUUUCAUCCUCCGUCUCCUCCUCCCUUCCUUUGCCCCUACGUCGCGCCAUUGUCCUGCGACCCGCCUCGCUUGUCUCUUCUGUCAACACCGACUCCGAAGCUCCACGCUCGCCCUUCCGUGUAUGUCAGUCGAUGGAGGCAGUGAUGGAACACUCGAUGGAAAUGAUCUCCGCUCGUAUCACCGUAGCUAUGCUGCUGCUUUCAUCCGCCAUUCACGCUGAGGGUCAUGAUAGUGGUGGUCUCGACGAGGGGGAGGCUUCUGCGGAACUGUUACUCUCCACCUGGUCCACUAGCGGUGAGAGUAACGGUGGGAGUGUGAAUUUGAAGCAGUCGGGUCUCGCUGCGCACCUCCUUCUUAGCCUCAUUUCAGACAUCAACUCUAGACUGAUUGAAGACGCGGAUAGGCAGCCAAAGGGCCGUGUUUGCUUGCGACCAGAGGCAGUGGUGGGGGCAAUGAUGGAGGAGGAAGAUGAAGCAAGGGCUGUAGAAGUACCGCUUGCCGCGUGCCUGAUGGCUAGCGCAAUGCUUGAGGAACUCAAUCCCGCCAGCCUCUGGCCCUCCGAUCCCGCUUUCGCUGUGCGCCUUCUCUACCUAACACUGUCGCGCCUGUGUCUGGUACUGGACUCGUCCGCGGACAAAGAGGUCCUGAAGAUGGAGGAAGAGUCGCUCAACUUGGUUCUUGGAAUCGCUGCCUUCUUUGUCCACUACAUGGAUAAGGGAGACAAGGUGCCAAGUGAGGUGCGGGAUCGUUUUGGCGAGUUGAUUCCACUGUUGCACAAAGUCGAGGAGAUAUUUCCGCAAGGCAACGCCUCUGCAGAACUUGCUCAGCAAAUUCGCAUGUCCCUCUUGACCCGAGGUGCACUUCAUGUUUCUCCCUCAACGGCUACGCCAAACUCUGGUCAUUCGUCUGUUUCGAAGAAUGAACCGGGCCCUAAGAGACGUCUGGUCGAGGAGUUGCCUUCGGUGCCACUAUCCACCUGCCAGACUGACACUGAAAUUACGACGAAGGAGACCGUGGAAAUGAGCCAUAAGCUGUUGGAAAUUUUUGAACAGUUGAAAGAUCCCUUUAUUCCGGUCCGAGGUCACGCUCUGAUCGAAUUGAGUCGACUUCUGGAGGCCAGAGAUUCUUGCAUAAGGGGCUUUGAGGACAACAUCUUUAAGGCGCUGGUGGAGCACUUGGACAACGAGGACAGCUACGUCUAUCUGAGCGCUAUUCGAGCGCUCUCAGCUAUGGGCAACGCUUUCACUGACCGCCUGCUGCCUCUCCUCCUUUCUCGCUUCAGCUCCACCUCCCACAGCCUCGAGUUUCGUCUCAAGGUGGGCGAGACCAUCGUGCGGGUCCUUCGCGAACUAGGUGACAUUGCACCCAAGUAUCGCGACAUUGUCGUCUCCGGUCUACUUAGCUCUGCCGGGGAUCCAUCCGAAUUCAUUCGUGCUGCAAGUCUCUCGAAUCUCGCUGAAAUUUGUCGCCUCCUUGGCAACGCCAUUCAACCUGUUGUCUACGAGGUUUACGAAGUAAUGGAGAGCAUUCUGAAGCACGAUAGCGCACCCAUGGUGCGAAAGUCAGCCGCGUACCUUGCACGCAGUCUCUUUCUCACCUCUUCUACCCUUACCUCCGCCCACUCGGGCCUGCCCGUCAACCUGCCUGCAGAUCUGAUCCGCGACGUGUAUCGCCUGCUGCGUGACCGAUUGGCCAUCGAGCGGGAUGACGAAGUGCUUGAGCAACUAGAAGCGGCUAUGGCCGAAUUGGAUGCGCGUGCACGAACCACUAUCUUUCGAAGGCCAGAUACCGUGCAUGAUCUGGUCAAGGAAAUUCGGGUUGAUCAGUGUGAAAUUUGUGUGCAAAGUCGGAUGGCAUACACCAACGUAAGCUUUACGGAUGAUGAUGUGGUUUUCCAUGGCCCAGACCCGGCUUCUGAAACUGUUGGUUUAGAAGGUGAUAUCCAAAUCCCAUCAUCACAAGCGGCUAAUAGGGGAACUAUCGAUGAAUCGAUUAAGGAGACUAUCCUGAGAGAUGUCAGGUCGGUUUGUCGAAAGGUCGCACAUGUUAUAUUUCCUCGACGAGGUCACGAACUUCUGAAUGAUUGGGACUUGUGGGGUCCAUUCUUCAUAUUUGUUGUUCUCGCUUUGGUUCUUCAGCUUAGUCAUGGGCAGGAGGAAGACGCCGGCGCUCCGCAAUUUGCACAAGUAUUCACCAUCUUUUGGUUCGGUGUCGUAGCUGUUUCUCUCAAUACAAAACUACUUGGGGGGAACCUAUCUUUCUGCCAAACCGUCUGCGUUUUGGGCUAUUGCAUCCUCCCACUAGUAAUCGGUCUGGUUAUCAACGUCAUUAUCAAGCUCUUCACCUCGGCCAGCAUCUGGGUGCUCCUUAGUCGGCUCGCGGUUGUCUUUGCUGGCUUAGCCUACUCCCUCUUCUCCGCGGCCACCUUCCUGGCACCCAGUUCGAAACCAACGCGAGUUGUGCUUGUUGUUUAUCCCCUCUGCCUCUUCUACUUCUUCAUCGGUUGGCUUGUAUUUGUCAACACUGGACCCUCAAGAAUUUAG